AUGCAAGUUUCAUCUGGGUAUGGACUGCAUCCUCAAAACUAUAUUACUCCCUCAGGACAUCACUCUCAAGGACCUGGGAAAAUGACCUCAUUGCCAUCGGAUAGCCAGUGUGGUGAUUACUACUCUGGUCUCUAUCCAGUACCAACACAAAGUGCGAUGACUUCUAGCCCAGUGAACCAACAACCGGGAGCACAGCAGAUAUAUGGUAGGGGCCCGCCUGCCCCGCAUAUUGUAGGAUCUACUUCAGGAUCUUUCCAAGGUGCUGCAUCAUCAGCAUCCCAUUUGCAUACGAGUGCCUACCAGCCAUACUCUUUUGUGAAUCACUACAGUAAUCCAGCCAUGUACUCUGCCAACUCUUCUGUUGCUUCUCAGGGAUUUCCCUCUACUUGUGGUAAUUAUGGUGUAUCAACUGUUUCUAAUGCUGCGUAUCCUAGUGUUUCAUAUCCCUCUCUGCCUGCCGGUGAUCCAUAUGGGCAAGUGUUUACCUCACAGAAUGUUCCCACUAUCAGGCCAGUUAAAGAUAAUUCAUUUUCUGGUCAAAAUACACCUAUCAGUCAACCAUCACCACUCCCACCACUAUCACAACAGCAGCAGCAGCAGAGUCUUUCAGGAUACAGUACUCUAUCAUGGUCAGCUCCAGGUCUUCAGUCAACCCAAGACAAUCUCAUGCGAAAUCACACUGGAUCCCUGGCUACAGCCACCAACAACCCAACUUUAUUUUCUUCAUUUGCAGAUUCUUUAUCCUAUCCUGUUAUGCAAAAUGUUCAACCCUCCAAGCCAAGCCCAGUAGUAUCCACCGUUUUGUCAGGAACUUCUUCAACAAGAACUCCUCCCACUGCAAAUCACCCAGUUAAGCCUGUGGCCUCUGUCACGCAGCCAUCAGAGCUAUUACAACAGAAAGGUGUUGACAGCUCCUCCACCACAAGCAGUGCUUCUCCAGUGCCCAGCGGUUAUGAUGCCCUAGAAGGAGGCAGCUGUCCAGAUAUGCUUUCUUCAUCAGCCAGCAGUCCUGCUCCUGAUCCCACCCCUGAAACUGAUCCUGCUCCAACUCUGGCUCCAGCUGCUCCUCAUCCUACAAAAAUGGCUAAACCUUUUGGCUAUGGUUAUCCAACUCUUCAGCCUGGUUAUCAGAAUGCUGCCGCACCACUUGCUUCUGGGGGACAGUCCAGUAGCCCGGUGUAUUCUGGAUUCCAGCAGUAUGCUCAAUAUCCUGGAAUGAACCAGCUGUCCUCUAGUCUAGGAGGAUUGAGUCUUCAGAGUUCUCCACAACCAGAAAGCUUGAGACCUAUCAACCUCAUUCAGGAGAGGAAUAUUUUACCCAUGACUCCUGUUUGGGCUCCUGUACCGAAUUUGAAUGUAGACCUCAGAAAAUUAAAUUGUAGCCCAGAUUCAUUUCGGUGUACUUUGACAAGUAUUCCACAGACACAGGCAUUACUGAAUAAAGCUAAGCUUCCAUUAGGAUUGUUGUUACAUCCCUUCAGAGACUUAACGCAAUUACCAGUGAUAACAUCAAAUACCAUUGUGAGGUGCCGAUCUUGUCGAACAUAUAUCAACCCUUUUGUAUCCUUCAUUGAUCAGCGUAGAUGGAAAUGCAAUUUGUGCUAUAGAGUUAAUGAUGUUCCUGAAGAAUUUAUGUAUAACCCCCUUACUCGAUCAUAUGGUGAACCUCAUAAACGACCAGAAGUUCAGAAUUCAACUGUGGAGUUCAUUGCUUCUUCAGAUUACAUGCUUCGUCCUCCUCAACCAGCAGUUUACUUGUUUGUUUUAGAUGUGUCUCAUAAUGCAGUGGAAGCUGGAUAUUUGGCAAUUUUGUGCCAGUCACUAUUAGAAAAUCUAGACAAGCUUCCUGGAGAUUCAAGAACAAGAAUAGGAUUCAUGACCUUUGAUAGCACUAUUCAUUUCUACAACUUACAAGAAGGAUUAUCACAGCCUCAGAUGUUGAUUGUGUCUGAUAUAGAUGAUGUUUUCCUGCCUACACCGGAUAGCUUACUUGUGAAUCUAUAUGAAAGUAAAGAGCUUAUAAAAGACUUAUUGAAUGCAUUACCAAAUAUGUUCACCAAUACAAGAGAAACACACAGUGCCCUUGGUCCUGCGCUUCAGGCUGCCUUUAAAUUAAUGUCUCCAACAGGUGGCCGUGUGUCUGUAUUUCAGACACAGUUACCUUCCAUGGGUGCAGGACUUCUACAGUCCAGAGAAGACCCCAAUCAGAGAUCGAGUACAAAGAUUGUACAACACCUUGGCCCUGCAACUGAUUUUUAUAAGAAACUCGCUUUAGAUUGCUCAGGGCAGCAGACUGCAGUGGAUCUGUUCCUUUUAAGUUCACAGUAUUCUGAUCUUGCUUCUCUAGCUUGUAUGUCCAAGUAUUCUGCAGGGUGCAUCUAUUAUUACCCAUCUUUCCACUAUACUCACAAUCCUUCACAAGCAGAGAAGUUACAAAAAGACCUAAAACGUUAUCUCACAAGAAAAAUUGGAUUUGAAGCUGUUAUGAGAAUAAGGUGUACUAAAGGUCUUUCAAUGCACACUUUUCAUGGAAACUUCUUUGUUCGUUCUACUGAUUUGUUAUCCCUGGCCAACAUCAAUCCUGAUGCUGGAUUUGCAGUACAGCUAUCGAUUGAAGAAAAUUUGACAGAUACUUCAUUAGUGUGCUUUCAAACAGCCCUAUUAUAUACAUCAAGCAAAGGUGAACGGAGGAUCAGAGUACAUACACUUUGUUUGCCAGUGGUAAGUUCACUAGCAGAUGUAUAUGCUGGAGUGGAUGUACAAGCUGCCAUCUGUCUUCUAGCAAAUAUGGCUGUGGAUCGAUCAAUAUCAUCAAGUCUAUCAGAUGCAAGAGAUGCCUUAGUGAAUGCGGUGGUGGAUUCAUUAUCUGCAUAUGGCUCAACUGUCUCAAAUUUACAACACUCUGCACUGAUAGCACCCAGCUCCCUCAAGUUGUUUCCUCUGUAUGUUUUGGCUCUUCUCAAACAGAAAGCGUUUAGAACUGGUACAAGCACACGCCUGGAUGAUCGUGUGUAUGCCAUGUGCCAGAUAAAGUCACAGCCACUUGUUCAUCUAAUGAAAAUGAUUCAUCCUAACUUAUACAGGAUAGACAGAUUGACAGAUGAGGGUGCAAUACAUGUUAAUGACAGAGUAGUUCCUCAGCCACCUCUUCAAAAAUUGUCUGCAGAGAAGCUGACAAGGGAAGGAGCUUUCCUUAUGGACUGUGGCUCUAUUUUAUACGUUUGGAUUGGAAAAAGCUGUGACAAUAACUUCAUAGAGGAUGUGCUUGGAUAUCCUAAUUUUGCAUCCAUACCACAGAAAAUGACACAGCUUCCAGAGUUAGAUACACUUUCAUCAGAACGAGCUAGAUCCUUUAUAACUUGGCUUAGAGACAGUAGACCGUUAAGCCCUAUUCUUCAUGUGGUAAAAGAUGAGAGCCCUGCCAAAACAGAAUUUUUUCAACAUUUGAUUGAAGACCGGACAGAAGCUGCAUUCUCUUACUAUGAAUUUUUGCUUCACAUUCAGCAGCAGAUUUGUAAGUGA